AUGCGCUCCAAAUUCGGUCUUGGGUCGCGUGCCGACGUCGAGAAAGGUGCCAACGUCGAGAACGCGCCUUACGAAACCAACAGCAACGACACGCUACCGAGCGACAACUACAAUGACAAUGUUAGCGACGGCGCCGUACCCGGCGAGAGCUUCGAGUAUGGUAACUCGAUGUACGCGAAGAUCCAGCGCAUUGCUGGCAAAUUCAAUGUCGAGCAGCGUGGAAUCGAGCGCGUGCCCGAGAGCGAGCGGACAGAUACCUCCUACUUCAACAUCGGCAGCAUGUGGUUGGCGGCGAACAUGGUCGUCAGUUCCUUCGCCAUUGGUGUGCUCGGCAAGUCGUUGUUCGGGCUGGGAGCUGUGGACGCCUUCCUAGUGUGCCUCUUCUUUAACCUGCUGGGAGUCUUAACGGUCUGCUUCUUCUCGUGCUUUGGCCCCGUCUUUGGUCUGCGCCAAAUGGUGCUGUCUCGAUUCUGGUUCGGCUGGUAUCCGGUCAAAUUCAUUGCCAUUCUCAACGUUCUGGCCUGCGUUGGCUGGUCCGCCGCCAACGCUAUCGUCGGCGCCCAGCUCCUCAACGCCGUCAAUGGCACCGUUCCUGGUUUCGCCGGUAUUCUCAUUAUCACCUUCUGCACCCUCUUCAUCACCUUCGCCGGAUACAAGGUCGUGCAUGCCUACGAAUACUGGAGCUGGAUCCCCACCUGCAUCGUCUUCAUUAUCGUGUUGGGUACAUUCGCCCACUCCGGCGACUUCAUCGACAUCCCCAUGAAGGCCGGAACUUCCGAACUGGGCAGUUGUCUUUCCUUUGGAUCGACUGUCUACGGAUUUGCUACUGGUUGGACCAGCUAUGCGGCCGACUAUACUGUGUACCAACCCGCCGACCGUAGCCGCCGCAAGGUCUUUGCCUCUACCUGGGCCGGUUUGAUCUUUCCCCUCAUUUUUACCGAGUUUCUGGGCAUCGCCAUCUUCACUGCCACCGAUCUGAACGGCGGAGACAACAAGUACGCCGCCGGCUAUGCGACCUCUGGUAACGGUGGUCUGAUCGGCGCCGUCCUCGAGCCUCUCGGUGGAUUCGGCAAGUUCUGUUUGGUCAUCCUGGCCCUGUCCAUCAUCGCCAACAACUGCCCCAACAUCUACUCCGUUUCCUUGACCCUGCAAGUCCUGAGCCGCUACACCCAGCGCGUUCCCCGCUUCAUCUGGACCUUCUUGGCCUCCUGCGUCUCCCUCGCCAUCGCCAUCCCGGGCUACUCGCACUUCGAGACCGUCCUGGAAAACUUCAUGAACUUCAUCGCCUACUGGCUGGCCAUCUACUCUGGCAUUGCUGCCGCCGACCACUUUGUCUUCAAGCGGGGAUUCAGCGGCUAUCGUCCUGAAAUUUACGAUAAGCGCGACAAGCUUCCACUCGGUAUCUCGGCCGCCAUUGCCUUCUGCUUUGGCGUUGCUGGCAUGGUUACCGGCAUGAGCCAGACGUGGUGGGUUGGUCCCAUUGCCAAGCAUGCCGGUGCACUCCCUAGCGGUGGUGAUAUUGGUUUUGAGCUGGGCUUUGCCUUCUCAUUUACCAUGUAUUGUGUCCUGCGUCCUUUUGAGUUGCAUUUCUUCGGUCGUUGA